AUGGUAGUAAUAGAACACGAGAAUAGAAACAUUAAUAAAGAUAAAAGUAUAGAAAACUGUGAUUCUUUCAACAGGAGCGCUAAUAGAAGUCAUAAUCAAACUCCUUCACAUAGUACGUUCUCACAUGUCAUAGGAAGUAGUAAUCACAGUAAAGCCGAUGCUCAUAAGUUUCUAAGAAAAAUAUCCUCCGAAUCAAAACUACCGUUAAAAGCAAACAAAUCAAAAGGUGAUAACAAUAAUAGUCUUCAACCUGGUAUUAUCAGCAACCAUCAUUUUAGUUCUGUUUCAAAUUCACGUUCAAAUUUUAUUAGUCCUUUCAUAUCUCCAUCAAAUUCUAAUCUAACACCACCUUCUUCCUCCUCUUCCACUUUCUCCUACAAUAAUAACGAUAAUGAUAAUGAUAAUAAUAACACAAAAGAAAUAUAUUCUUUGAAAUUUUUACAUAAACCACAAAGAGUAAAACAAUUCAAUAGUGCUAGGUUUCCCGAGGAAAUUUUGCAAAGAAAUACAGAUCUUAAUAAACAAAUCACUCUAGAUUUACCCCCGUUGUCCCCCAAAUCUGCUUUGCCCACUGAUCAAGUUGAUCCUCUAAACAAUAUAAAUUAUACUAUAAACAGCUAUGAAAAUUAUGAGAAUGACGCUUUCAAUUAUCUAAAUAAUGACUCAUCUGAUAGCUUUUUGAAUUUGAAUACUCCAGUCUAUAAAAAAUCCGGUGAAUUAGUUAAAAGUUCUCUGAAAAGAAGGUCUAAAUCUUUGCCGUCGACUCCUGCUGCUGCUGCUGCAGGUGCCGCUAAUGGAUUUAACUCAAACAGUGGCAAACAGCCUGUGCUUUUAAGAAGUAAAAGUGUGCAUUUCGAUCAAAGAGCUCCAGUCAAGUAUUUCAUUAGCGAUGAAAGUCCAAUGAAUGUUUAUUCUAAAGAUGAAUUUGAAGAUAUGUUGAAGUUCAAUCUUUUAAAUAAAGCCAAAAAAUUAGGACAGGUAGCAAAAUUGAAUAAUAAUAAUUCAGAUGAUAAUAAUGAAAAUGUAGAUGAAAGUGCAGAGGAAGAUUUGUUGAUUAAAUUUAAAAAAUUAUUGUUGGAAGAAAAACGACACUUGUUACAAAGGGAUCAGCCUGUAGAUAAAGAAUCGGUGAGUGAAGAAGAAACCUCUAUGACAAAGAAUUCAAAUGACAAAGAAAAACCGUUACGAAAAAGCAAGAGGUUUCAAGGUAUUGCCUCAAAACAAAAAAAUCCAAAUCAAUUAGAUGACAACAACACUGUGAAUAAUAAUAAUAAUAAUGAUCAUGAUGAUAAUGAUAAUGAUAAUGGUAAUAGUUCAAGACAGAUUGAUAUUGAUAGAGUACUUCAAUCAAGGAUUAGUAAGAUUCCAUCGGAGACCAAAAUUACGAUUGAUUCCCUUAUGUUAAAUAAUGAUGAUUUGUCUAAUACUAAUAAUAGUAUUAGAGAGAUAAUAAAGGUAAAAUCUAAAAAAAAAGUAUUAAAUAAGAUGAGAACUAAUAAAGUUGUUGGAUUAUAUAAUCAAAAUUUCCCAAUAUUAAGUAAUAAGAAUCCGAAAUCGUUGAAAUUGAAUAUUUUUGUUAGUCUAUCCCAAGAUAAGAAAGUUUUUUUGCAAGAAAUAUCUUUGCAUAUUCAUCAAAGAAAUUUCAUGUCACCAAAUUUUAAAACAAUCGGAUCUGCCACAAAUACUACUAGAUAUAUCAUUGGGAAAGUCAUGGUUAAAAACAUUUAUUAUGAUAAAAGAGUCACUGUAAGAUACACGUGGAAUAAUUGGAAUACUAUCAAUGAAGUAGAAUGUCUAUGGUUGAGUAAUGGUGACAGCGUACUGCCUGGAACGAAUAUGGAUGUAUUUCAUUUCCUUAUUGCGGAUACAAAUAAAAUAGAUACAGUAGGGAAAUUGGAAUUUUGUAUAUGUUAUGUGACAAGAAAUGAUAGAGAAAGAUUAGAAUUUUGGGAUAACAAUGAUGGAAAAAAUUAUAAAGUUGAGGUUGUUAUGAAUGGAUUUAACAAUCCUUUUACUUUGUAA